UUACGUGUAAGACUUCAUCGACGCUCGUGCUGUUGAUAUUAGGUUUCCACAGCAGUCGUACUCAACCAAAUGUGAAGUGCUUGGAUAUUUUGAUAAAUUGUUUAAUUUCAUACAGUAAAGCAUAUCUUUUGUUUGUUAUCGGCAUUGUAUACCGUACGUAGAAUUUCACCGAUACAAUGACUGCUAAUGUCCUCUUGCAACAGUUCGUUAUCAUUCUGAUGGUGGGACUCAACACUGAACCGUUAAAUGGUGCUCCCGUUCAAACAAUUGACCAAGAAUUUCGUACACCAGUCCCAAACAUUACAGAGACUUGGAUAUGGCUAACAGAAACACCUUUGGAUAAGUUGUUCUACUACGAUGAAGAACACUGGUGUGCGCAUCUUGGAUCUCAAUUCGAGAAAGUUAGCUACGCCAAAUACAUGUUGUGCAACAAUUGCUGCAAGCAGCACUUCACCUCGAUCUCCAUCAAAAUAAACGAAAACCUGACCCGCAGAUGUAAAGAUGAAGAUGUAUUUUACAAAUGUUUGAAGGAAGUCAACUCUACAAUGUCACGAGCCAUAGGAGUGCAUUAUUUCAACAAAAACCCUCGGCCAAUGUGUUAUGAAGUAGGGUUAGAGAAAUGCAACCAAAUGAAAUGUGGUGGUAGCCUUUUGAAACUAAGCCAGAAGCCUAUUCGUCUGUUCUAAAUGACAAUCAACAUCAUAAGAAUUGGCAUUAAAUGUUUCAUUAACCGUGGCAAAAUUAUAUAUACUUUUGCUAUUUUUCCUUUGGAUUGCAUAUUUUUGUAUCUGUUUCUAGAUGUUGAAAGUAUGGAUCCCAAAGUUUUGAUGUAAAUAGAGAUUAUAAGCUUUUUUUGCUGUCUUAUACGUUUAUCUGUUGUUUGUUCACAAGUAUACAUAGAAUUUUAAAAAAUCUUCUUAAAUAAAAACAUAAGUGGCAUUUCAUUUGCCCUCUA